AUGGAGUCGAGUGCGAGUUCUAUCGUUGCGAAGCGCGAAUCUCUUCCCACUGCUGGCAGUGUUUUCUUCGUCUCUUCUAAUGGGCGCGUGCUGAAGCUGCCGAUCCCGAGUAAAUCAUAUCGUGAUCCGCUUACGUGGUCUUGGUCGAAGAGGCUUUUGGCGUUUUUGGCGCUGCAGUGCUUUUCGAUGGCUGCGUCGUUUGAACUCAAUUUACCUGGGUUGUUGCUUCAGGCAAUUGGGGAGGAGUUCAAAGACAAGCCAAUGGGUCCUUUUGGAGUACAGUCCUUAUCCUCGGCGAUGACUCUCUUUACUGGAGUUGGAUACUUAAUCGGCAUUCCUCUAUCAACAGCAGUUGGACGACGACCUAUUGUUGUUGCUGCAGCUGUAGUUACGACUCUUUCAACUCUAUGGGCUGGCUAUGCUGGAUCAUUUCUUCAGUUGAUUGUCGCUCUCAGCUUCCAAGCCCUCGCAGCCGGAUCAGCGACCGGAAUGUUCAUACUCAUUCUUAUCGACGCGACAUUCAUUCAUGAGCGUCCCAGUGCACUCUCACUAUUCUGGUGCACAGGCUCAGCACUCAUCAAACUCGCUCUCUUGAUACUUCCAUUGACAACUGACCUCACAUCAAGCUGGCGAUGCGUAUACAAGGUUUGGCUUGCGCCUUGCAUACUCGCCUUUCUCUUGGUUCUCUUCUGUGUCCCCGAGACAUACUUCCUCCGACCUCCCGUCGCACUGGACGGUCGAGUUCUUGUUCAGAGCAGCUCUGAAAAGGUUCAGAUCUAUGGAGGUUGGGAUGAAAUUGAGCUGAUCAGGAAUGGCAAGCCUCUACCUGAUUUACCGUCUUCGUGGUCAAUCUGGUCUCACUUCAAGGUGUCGCGAGCACCUGGUACAAAGUGGGAGUCGAUGCUUGCGACAUAUGGACAAAUGUUCCUAUGUAUUCUCAACCCUCUAACCUUUUGGGUCUCUCUACUCACGGGUAUCAUCCUCAGUGGUGUUAUCUUCCUAAACCUUACUCAACCAUCCGCCCUCAUCGAAAUGUACGGAGUCAAAGACACAAGGUGUAUCAAUGGCUUGCUUGGAGUCGCCGGCGUCACUGGCUCACUUCUGGCGUUCCCUCUAACGGGACCAUUCGCUUCCUGGUUUACGCGAUGCUACACCUUUCGUAAAGGUGGCAUUCGUCACGCCGAAGUCUAUCUGGCAUUAUUUGCUAUCCCUGUCAUUACCGGCCUGACAAGCGUCCUUCUCAAUGGUCUCGCCCUUGUCAACAAGUGGCCUUCAGCCUGGAUCUACAUCACCUCAGCCAUCAGCAUCAUGAGUUAUCUCACCGGCAAUGUCGCCUUCACCCUUUGGAUUACCGAGGCUUUCCCACGAUGGGCGGCAGCAGCACUCGCUGUUCAGCUUUUCACAGGAAACAUGUUUGGUUUCGGGAUCGGCACGGCCAUAGCGCCUUGGGUUGAAGAUGACCAUAUUCUACAGCCAACUAUCCUCAUCUUAGUCCUGAUGCUUGUUAUGGGUGCUAUGGCGGUCCCGGCGGCGUUUUGGGGCAAGACUGUGAGGCAGUAUAUCCAAGGACGAUGGAGUGACUCUGAAAGAACUGCGCUUCGCCCUCAGUAAGCCAUCGCGGUAUUAAAAAGGACCUGAGGUCCAUGUACAAGCCAAGCAAUGGCACAAAAGUGUUUUCUUAG